UCGUCCCAACCGGAUCUGAUCUCUGAUCACUUUCUUCAGCUUGUACAAAGUGGUAAAGCAGAUGUUCGGCAGUUCGCCUCUCCUCCCGUUCCCGUUGCCCCACCCGGAAUUGAAGAAAACCUCAAAGCAGCUCGCAUUGUGGAACCGAACGAGUUGUCCGUGAAAACAACCUCAGUGGAAGGAAGCGUAGCAGAUCCAAGCGUAACAACGACAGAUACCGAAACGGAGGAACCUACCCAUCAGGUUAGUGCUGCAAAUCUCGCUGUUCUGGCCUCUUUCGCUUGA